AUGAAAGGCUUCAUUAACUCAUAUUUUUUCUCAACUUCUUCUGAUGAGUGGGAACUUAGUUCCUUCAUCGAAACUUACAAUGAACACAAACCUAUAUUUUCCAAACAAAACUGUUUCUACCAUUACAAAGAGAGUCUGCAAAACAUUUGCAAUACCCCAAAAUUUAACAGCAAUGAUAAAGAUAUGGCGAGAAGUUUACUCAAAAGUUUUAAUGAGGACAAAGAUAAAUAUGUGGAGUUAAUAAAAAAUCAGCAGAACUCUAUAAAAUUAAAUAUUCAGGACAGUGUAAGUAUCUUGCACUAUUCCAACAAAUUAUCAUCAAUAUAUGUAACUUACAAAUAUUUUAAAUUAUGUAUAACCAUUGAAAGUGAUGAUGAGAGCUGUUAUGAAGAAUCUAAUACAAUUUUUGGGGACAAAACUGUCUCUUGGAUAGUUAAUAGCAUUGAUAUCUAUUAUCAACUUAUAAAAUAUAAGGCAGCAGGUGUAACAAGAACUCGACCCGAAUAUUACAAUAUAAUAUUUUUUAGCAAUAAAAAUGAAGGAUUUUUAGGUACACUGGACAAUAACAUCAUUGUGCAAAUGUGUAAGGAUAUAGAGUAUGGAGUAAUUAAAGAAAGUUUUGAGAAUGAAAUAGAAUCAUUUAUUAAUAACAUAGUUAAUCAAGAUAUUAAAAAAAAAUAA